UUGGCGGGGUUUUCUCAUUGAGUCAUAUGUGCUCGUUUCUCAAUUCUCAGUUCUUCACGCCUUCCUCGGUUCGCUUCUCUCAAGUCAAGUGCCGAUAACGAUAUUCAAUUUCCGCUACUGCUUGAGCCUUAGAAAGUUAGAAUUCGAUUGAAUCGAAAUGGUUUUCCUUCAUCAAGUUUCUUCUAGGAAGAGGCCAAUCGCCGCCGCUGCUCCGGCCGUCUCCACUGACGCGCCUUCCAGAACCUCCUCUAAAUCCACCUCCUCCUCUCCCACCUCCAACACCGACAAUAACAAGAACAAAAGCAGCAAAUGUAUAGAGAAAGGGAGAAGAAACGAAGAAGAAAUUCUCAUCGAGAAGAUGAUUUCGGUGCUCGCGGACGCAGGUUGUACUCUCCACAAUCCCGGUGGUCCUCCAUGCCUCCCUGCAGACACCCAUAAACUCCGUCGUCAUCUCGACCACCGCUUCUCCUCCGCGACCGGUGCUUCCCUUGUCUCUGACUUCCUUUCUGGCUUCAAUUCUUACAUCCAAAAGCCUGAAAAUCUGCGAAGGUUGCUUAUACCUACAUCUCGCGAUGGUUCAUCCCAAGGCGAGAGUCUGGUUCGGAUUCUCUUAAUGGUACCGUCCAUCCAGUUGCAGCUUCAACAAAUGCUACUGGAGAAGCUCCCGGAGUACUUCGAUGUAGACACAGGUUGCGCUCCCUCACUCGAGGAGGAUGUUGCUAGGCUCAUCGUGAACCAUUUCCGGUGGCUCGAUUUCCUCGUUGAUUCUAAGGUUUUUACGGAUAAGUUGCUGGAAGUUCUUUCAAUUUGUCCCCUCCAUCUUAAGAAAGAGAUUAUUGGUUCCCUGCCGGAAAUUGUUGGAGACCAGGAUAACAAAACGUUGGUUGCUGCCCUGGAGCAGAUGCUACAAGAGGAUUCUGGGGUUAUUGUGCCUGUAGUAGAUUCCUUUUCCAAUCUUAAUUUGGAUGAGCAGUUGCAGGAGCAGGCGAUCACCAUAGCAUUGUCCUGCAUUAGGACCAUUGAUGCAGAACAUAUGCCAUAUCUGCUUAGAUUCUUACUACUUUCUGCGACACCGGCAAAUGUUAGAAGGAUAAUCUCUCAGAUACGCCAGCAGUUAAAAUUUGUGAGUGUUCCAGAUCCCCGCACAGCAAGGAGCAAGAAACUCAAAGGACAAUCACUUAUGAACAAUACUGAGGCUUCAAUUCUUGAGGCUUUUCAGUCAAGCUUGCGGUUCAAGAAUAUACUCUGUCAGGAAAUCCUGAAAGAGCUGAAUUGCCUUGAUAAAGCAGAGAAUCACAAGGUAAUUGAUGUAUGGCUGCUUAUGCUUAUUUAUGCAAACGGCGGGCCCAUACAGAAGAGUAUUGAAAAAAUUGUCAAAAAGAAAAUUAUGGAAGGUCUUUUUCGAGAAGCUCUUUUUGAUCAGUGCAUUGAUGGUCACAGGGAAUUAGUACAGGACUAUUUCCCAUCCUUCCUCUCUGUGUGCGAGUAUCUUUUGUCAUGCAAAGAACAAAAAGCAAGGGAAUUUGGAAUUCACUUGUAUACAUCACUGUUUGAAGAGUUCACUGAUACUUACUCAAGACAGGAGGUCCUUGGCUCCUUAGUUGCACAUAUAGGUUCUGGCAUUAGCUAUGAAGUGAAUUCUGCUCUGGAGACCAUGGUUCUGCUAGCCUCAAAAUAUGCACAGGAACUGAUUCCACUUUCUUCUUAUAUAAAUGGUAUCUUGGAUUACCUGGAAGGGUUUAAUACUGGAAAUCUGCACAAGGUCUAUGAGGUGUUUAGCCAUUUGGCACUGUCUGCUCGAUCCAGUGCAGAUUCCUUUGGCUCUUCUAUUGCAAAUGAACUAUUGAUGAUUGUAAGAAAGCAGGUUGGUAAUCCUGAUAUGAAGUAUAAGAAGAUGGGGCUAAUUGGAAUUUUAAAGUUAGUUUCCCGUCUUGGUGAUGCAAAUUAUGCUACCUGUUUAUCCUCAUCUCAGAAAACAAACUCUGAGGAGGCUAUGGAACUUCUGAAAACAGCUCUGGAUUCUUGCAAACUAUUGCCCUUGCCAUUGAUUUUGUUUUAUGAUGAACUGAUUCAACUAUUGGAAUCUACACCUCUUAAGCCAACAAUUAUGGAAUGGAUUGGCAAACAUGUAGGAGAGUUUGAGUCAAUGUUUCUCUCAGAUCUUGAAGGAGGGCAACUGCCCAUCAAGGAUUCCUAUUGUGGUUUGGAUGGGGAACUGUGGAUGAAUUUGGAUGGUGAUCUAUCUCCUAUCUGUUUGAACAUUUUGCCACUAGUUUCUUCUUCCUUACAGUCUUCAUCAUCUUUACAAGUUCUAUGUGCUAACUUUCUUUUACUAUCUGUUGUGGAGAGGUUGACUAACCAAGGAUCUCUCGGAGGCAUUGAUGCAUUACUUGGCUGUCCUUUACAUCUUCCUUCACCUAAGUAUUGUGUUGGCCCUUUAUGGCAGUUUCUGCCUGGGAAACAGAAGCAGGCAGUGUGCCUAUCUCUCUAUUAUGCUACUAAUUGGAUAAGAGAAUUGCUUAACGCCUUCUGUACACAAGUUUCUGGAACGGUUGAUUAUGUAAGUCAGUCUACAAGAGAUGAGAUAAUUACAAAGUUAUUGAAGCGCUUGAGGAACUUGGUUUUUGUGGAAAGCUUACUGGAUAUCACCCUCAAAUCGUACCCACUUUCCCUACCUGAGCUUCACCUUCCUGUGGGAAAUUCUGAAUCUUUGUUCUUAAGCAAGUCUAACCAUUUGAUGACCAUGGACAAAAAAAUUGAGCAAAAGAAAGUAUGUGGAGCUUCAAAACGCAAAAGAAACUCAAAAGCACCAGAAAACUCAGAUGUUAAUGGGAAACUCAAGCAGCCUACAAUUUUGGAUGUGCUGAGAAAGGCAGGAGGUGUAACAAGUCAGGAUGUCCCAGAUGAAGGUUCUUCCGGUCCCUCACAUAAGGUAUCUCAGUGUGGAGAAGACCAUACCCGUGACUCUAAUGAGCCAAGUCUUGUAGAAAUUUCUGCAGUGACCAAGGUUGUAGAUGCACAGAGAUUCAAAUUCCGGCCUUUACUAGUUGAUUGUUUAUAUAUUUUAAACUUUUCAAAGAAUCAAGAUUCUUGUUGUGCAGAUCCUGCAGCCGAGUUACCCCUUCAUCUCUACCUUUUACGUGAUCUUAAUAAGAAGCUAGAUCAUUUGAUUCCUCCAAGCAAACAAUUUCCAGUUGGAUGCUCGAGGGCUCCUUCUGGUUUCAGCAGGAUGACAGUGAAUGAGUUUGUGCAGAAGAUAAAGCCACUAUUUCCAAGUCUCAAAAAACAUUUUGAUGCUGCACUUUGUAUUCUGAAGGAAGGAACUGAAACUUGUCAAGAACAUUGGAGCAUUCAGUCUGCUUCUGCGGGGAACCCAGAAAUAUGUGAAUUGGUGGUCUCAAAAUCUUCAGUUGCUGGUUCAAUAUUCAGAGAAAUUCUUCACUGCUUCAGCAAAAUGCUAAAACUUCCUAAUAUUCAGAUGGACUCACUAGUCCUCUCAGAUUUGCUUGAAGCCUUCCAGCCAAACAAACUACCAGAUAGCCUUUUAUCAAAAGUCCAACCAAUUUCCUCACCUGGGAACAUCGACUAUUUAUAUUGUGGAGCUUAUUCUUUCCUGGAAGGUGUCUUAGACAUCGAACAUUCCAUUUCAUUUUUGCUGGCAUCAGAAGUUCUAGUUACUCUAGAAUCAGUUGUGAUGUCCGUCUGCUCAUCCCUUGAUAAGUUUUCUGAAGGAAAAGGGAAAAAUAUACGUAUGGGACUUCUCCAUGAAGUCCAUCCUAUUCUGCGCAAGAGACUUGGCUGUUCUGCUAAGAAGUUGUUAAUGCAAGACUUGGACUAUGAAACUCUUGAAAAUGGCUCAAAGAACAAAGGAGAGAUAAUACAGAAGAUAUUGCACAUCUACUUGGAAAAUGGCGAAUCCACUUCUGAUCUACUGGAUGAACUUUCCUGCUCUAUCUUGCCUCAGGUGCCUUCCUGCAGAACUAAAAACAUGGAAGAUGCUACUCAUGGUUUCCGAACACUACGCCCUUCAACAUUUGUUGUAUGGUAUCGGGUUCUGCACGAGGAAAACAUUGCUAUUCUAAACAAUCUGGUUAAGGAAGUUGUUCUGUUACGAAAACCCAGAGCCAAUGUUGAACUUGAAACUGUAAAAGAAGUGCUGAUUAAAUUACGACAAUGUGUGAAUGUGGUUGUAUCAUUAGUCAACAUGUGCAAGACUCAUGACAAGGUAACUGUGCAUGCCAUGGCAGUCAAGCAUGGUGGGAAGUUUGUUGAUUCUUUUCUAAAAGUUUUUGACUUCCUGGAGAUCCACUUUCAUGUGCACAGUGACAUUAUAAUCCAAUUGGUCAAAGAGCUUCAAAAGGCAACAAGGACAAUACAAACACUUUGUUCUGAGGCCAAGGGCUUGAAACAAACAAUGAUCACCACCAAAAUUCCUGCUACAAAAAGGUCAAUGGAGCGCUAUUUGUUCCGAGUGAAGGCUCUCCUCCAUAAUACAUCAAAUGGAUGCAGUUUCUGGAUGGGCAAUCUAAAACACAAGGACUUGUCAGGUCAAGUGGUAAGUUCCCAAGUUUAUGCAGAUGGGGAUGAUGAUGAUGAUAUUGAUGAAGCACAAGAUCAAAUGGAUGUUGAUGUGGACAAUCAAGAUGCCAGAGCUGAGGAUGGAGAAGCUGAAUGAAAUGCUUGAUUAGUUCCCAUUUUUGAAGUUACAAUAGUUGAACCCAAGCCCAAGCAAACUGGGGUGGAGGGAAGGGUGAAGGGUGAAGGCGGGUUUUGAUCUAGGAGCCAAGAGAGAAGUUGCUGAACUGAAAAUAAAUGAUUUCUCUAAGAAUUCAUUUAGUAGGAUAAAGCAACGACAUCCUACUAUGUCAGGGAACGUGGAAUCAAACGAGAAAACCAAAUAUACUGCGACAAUCUUGACAGUGGUGGACGUCACAGCAACAUCAUCGUCUACAUUUGCAACUGGAUCUGGACUAGCUUUGGGGUUGAUAGCAUAAAUGGAGCCAUUGAAGUUGUCUUCAUCCGGGUCGUAGUCAGGAUUGAGGGAGCGGGCGGUCGAUGGCUUUCAUCCCUUAUCGAGCAGAGUUUUCAGGCGAUCUCAAUUGUUUAUCCAGAGUCCAGUACAGGUAUAGCAAUCACCAGUCACUGCACUAGUGGGGGGCGCCCAUUACCCUGUUUUCCUGUAUCUGGGAAUAGAAGAGAAGUUAGAAUGGAUUUCGCGAUUGAACUUCCAAGAGAAGAGAUCUUACUCGAGUGGAAAUGUUUUUUUGAAUGCCCCUUUAAUCCCCUACUCCAUGAUAACUGUCUUUCGAGUUCGCUACCUGUUUUCUCUUCACACCUCUUGAAACUUGAAAGCACAUCUGCCGCGACCAUGGUGGUGUACUUGGUAUUAUGGGCUCUAUGUAAUGGGGGCUUGGCAUAGCUUGAAAUAUAUGCCAGGCUUAAUAUGUAUAAUAUAUUAAUAUUCCAUGGUAAACUGGGCCUGCCAGGCCUAUAAAUUUUAGUCAUGGGGCCAGUAGGGCUUGUAUGUGGGCCCGCCCAGGCCUUCCAAGGCAUGUUAGCAA